AUGGACGCUGUGGAAAUGGAAGACCAAGCAAUCCGCGCCCAUGAUGAAGACGCCGACAUCCCACGUAACGCCUUCCGCACGGCCAAGGGAAGAUUCUGGAAAUACAAGGGACUAAGACCAUAUCUGAAAGCACGGUUGGGGCAUGUGAACGCGAUACGUGAGGUAAGUACCCUGAUUGCCGUGGAAACGGCACUAGAACACGCUACAGAUAUCCUGAGACUUGAUCCCAGAGACGCCCUCUGCGUCCGCAGCAUUAUACCGGUACUACUCCUCCGCCUCGACCUUGAUGAGCGCUGCUACUGGUUUUGUAAAUGGUGGCUUACCAAAGGCAAUGAUACGCAUCACGACUGGGCAGACGACGGACCGCUUUUGGCGCUUGAGCGACCGGUUGAUUUGUUCAAGACGGAAGACGCGUUUGAGCAUCUCGGCGACUAUGACUACACCAGGACCUUCACCGACAGAGAUUUCGACCGUACUAGGUUGCAAAGUCCCGCUGAUCUAUCACUACUCGUCGCUAUCAUGCUGGUCAAGAUUCGUAUCAACAUAGAUCUGCUGUUGUUACGGAACGACCCCCAGCCGGAAACCUAUUUGCAGCGACACGUUAGCAGCGUUGUGGCCGCGAGAUACCGAAGAGGCACGCCCGAAGGGUUCUACAUGAGAGAUGAAAGGGAAUUUUUUGAAGCGCUUUGGAUACAGGUUAACACACUGUUUAGAGAGAUACGCAGAGUCAACGAACACUUUUGGCCGGCGUUGAUACGCUCUUACCCGCCGCAACGAUGGGGAUUCAAGCGACCUGCAUUAGAAGCGGGUACUAAGACAGAAGCGAGAAUCACGUGUCAUGACUGCUACGCUGCUUGGCAUGAGACACCGGGGGCUAUCGAUAUCAUCAAGGAAUUGUGGGAUAGACGCUCUUAG